CCAAAUUUUCAUUUCCCCGAGUCACGUCCGCCGUUCCAACUUCCAACUUCUGACUCCACUGUAUCCAACCAUGGCUACAUGCUUCGCGGUUCCCAUUCCUUUCAAGCCUCAAAGCCCUAACUCAAACCAUUGCAAAGCCCACCGCUCUCAGACCUCCAGAAUCAUCUGUUCCUCCAUUACAACCGAAGCCAAAAGAGAUCUCCUCAACCUCAUCUGUGACCAAGACCGAGGCCUUAAAACGCAGAAGGACCCUGUGAAGCGAAAGGCAAUCAUCAAAGCCAUCGGCGCCAUGGCUGUUCUGGGAAGUGAUAUGAUCACCACCGGCGACUCUCUCUCGGCCACCUGGCGCAUGCUUUGGACCACGGAGAAGGAGCAGUUAUUCAUCAUAGAGAAAGCAUACUUGUUUGGUACACAAGCAGGUGAUGUGUUGCAGGUGAUAGAUGUUGAGAAACGAUCUCUCAACAAUGUGAUCACGUUUCCACCUCAUGGGGUUUUCUUUGUUCGCUCUGAUAUCGAGAUCUUCUCGCGUCAGAGAGUAAAUUUCAGAUUUACUUCUGCGGUUCUGCGGGGAAGAAAUUGGGAGAUUCCACUGCCGCCAUUUGGACAGGGUUGGUUUGAAACUGUCUACCUCGAUGAUGAGAUUCGAGUUGUAAAGGAUAUUAGGGGAGACUAUUUAAUUGUUGAACGCGCUUCUUAUACCUGGAAAGAAUGAAGGUAACACUUCUACUCUGCUUUAUUGAAACAACUUGAUGAUUAAACCUGGUUGAAUUAGCAGGGUUUUUCUUAUAUCUUUUUCGUUUUAAAAUUUGUUUAAACUGUGCAUGCAUAUUAUUUCUAAGAAUCAGAAUCAUCUAAAGAAAAAAAAAAUCGAGAUCCAGCUUUCUAUUAAAACUAGCAUUUGUAGGAAAUAGUGGAUGUUGUGCUUUUUUCUGGUUACUUUUUAUGUAAUCUUUUGGAGUUCAUUUGUUUCUUAAGCAUUCUGUUUAAAACUAGCAUCUUGGCACCCCGUUGUUUUCAUGUAUGUAUUCAUAUUCUUUAGCUGGGGAAAAUAGAUUUUAUGCAUGCUUUGUGGUUGCCAUUUAAUGUGCACCACAUUAGCUGUCAUAUUUAACUUUAUGAAUUUAAUUGUAUAUCUUUGUUUUCUGUCUAGUAGUACGAGGGUUUACUUAUUUCUUCCUAGUAGUUGGUAUUAAUAAAUUCUUUUUUGUUUUCCUAUUAGAGUUUCUGCUUCCAAUUAGAUGGGGUUGAAUUAGUCUAAGAAUACCUUGUAGUUUCUUUGUGUGGUGAAAUUGAUAUUGAGAGUAGUUACAGCAUUUAUGCAUGUUCUGUGGUGAAAUCGUAAUUAUGCAAUCAAAUCUCAUCCCCAGUGUGAUGCUUGAGGGAAUUUAAGUAUGAUACCUAUUCACUUUUCUGCCGGAGACCCAAACUUCUCAUGUUAAUUUAACUUAUAAUUCCUAAAUAGAUAGAUUACUUUGUCAUAUAUCAAUUGGUAUGCGAGUCAUAGUUCAUGAUUUGUGUAUAAAAUCUCCAAGUUCUCAUAAGCAAAACUCUAAUUACCCAAUCCCAAAAGAUUCUAAACAUCAAAUUUGACAAUGAAAAAGGAAGAAGAAUGGCAAAGAACUCAGAACCCCAAGCAUCAAAUUGGAAGAAAAAAGAGAAGAAGAGGAACUCAAAACCCUAACUUGAAAUCCAUUAAGUCCAAAAAUUCGACCACCAUUGGGAGGUGACUUACACCAUCAUCACCAUCAACUUCAAAAACCUUAUAGAUGAAAAAUGACUUCAAGUUGUCAAAAUUUACAGUGUGCUCAAGUGAAGAUCUGAAGUUGAUGUUAGAGGUUCUUCAUGCUAAUUAGUUGUAUGCUUGAUAUACCCAAUGGUGUGUCUCAUACCGGACUUGACUCUUAUGGUCAUUACUUAGGAUCUAGUUAUAAGGUUUUGUUAAUGGUAUGGACUCGUUAAGAGAUAAUUCAACAAUCUCUUUGAUAAGAAAAGUACUCAAAGCUUGAUAUAUUUUUUCUUCAUCCAUAAUCUGCCAUAAAAGAUAGCUAGCUUUGGUCUUUUAAUACAAUAGAAGUUAUGUUGGAAGUUAUUUUACAGAAUUCUAUCAGAAGCCUUUGAAAUGACCGUUUGAUCUUUAGAAAGAAAAGAAGAGAGAAGAGAGAAGAAGAGAGGAGGAGUGGAGAAACAAAGAGGGAAUUGGGUAAUUUUUUCUUAUUCUUUUCCUUUAUGAUUACAAGCAUAAAAAUGAGCAUUUUAUAAGUUACAAAGCAAUAAAGAGGUGAUAUUCACGGCCGGAAUCAAUGGCCGUUCAUGAUGCAGCGGCGGCUGUUGUAGAAUACAUUCAAAAUAUUAAAUUUAACCCUACCCUAAUUGAUACAUGCAAGACUAGUUUACCCUUUUGUUAUUUCCUAUUUAACUCUUAAUAUCUUGACAAUACUCUCCCCUUGAACAUAAACUUUGUCCUCAAGGUUGAGUUAUGGAAACCUUUUCUUCGAGAGUCCCUUCCGUAACAAUUUCCUCUAAGGCCAUCAUUGUUUUACUUGCGCAAUGGUGUCCUGAGAAGUAUCAAUAUCCACACUUGUAGUAAAUGGCCUUUGCUUUUCUAUGUUAUGUAUCUCUUUCCGUGGCUUGGAGUGGUUAGUCAUAAUUUUUCGUUUUAGAUCCUUUUGAGAAUUUGACAAUUUUGCCAGUAAAAUAUGAAUUUCGGGAUAUUUUAUUACAUAUUGUUCUUGAAGUAAGGUUUGCUCAAGGGCUUGAUUAAGUUUACGCGGGCUGAGUAGUCUUAUUAUCGGUUGUAGUUUUGGUUUGAGACCUCUAAUGAAACUGGAUAUAAAGAAUUUCUUCUAGAGUGUGGGUUUAUCUGCAUCCACGGGAGAACAUAAGUGUUCAAAUUGUUCUUGGUAGUUGAGAGCAAUAUCUGUUUGAAAUAAUUUGUUGAACUCCUCUAUGAAAUCUUUUCGCGAUGGUUCCCCGAAUCUAUGGUAGGGUUCUUCUACAAAAUACUCCCAAUUCAUAGCAUUAAAUUUGACUAGCAAUACCAUACAUCGGCAACUUCUCCCAAAUAUAGAGUUGUAAUUUCUACAUUUUGUUCGUUAGGAGUAUUGUGGAUCAUAAAGUAUUUUUCACACUUUUAAAUCUACCCGUUGGGUUUUAUUCAUUCGAAAAGUGAAAUUUCCACUUUAGGAAGCAAAAAGAGUUUGGUGGAACUUGUUCGAUGCUUAGGGUUCAUUGGGCCGGUUCAAGUCGGGCCGGUUCAAACUAGGUUAGGUGGGGUAGGUCUGGUCCAAGCCAGUUCAGGUUGGCUAAUUCAGUCCGGAUUGGUUUGGUCUGGACCAACAAAUAGGUACGAACGAAAAAAUUCGGUUUUAGGGAUAUGGGGAGCCCUUAAACCCCAAAGUUCUUUCUCUUUUUCCUCGAGCACGAAGGGCGGCGGCAGAUUUGUUCUUAGCUCAUGCAUUGCCUCAAGUGCGAAGGGGGGAUGUAGAAACGCCUUUUGCUUGUGCGCGGUUGUUGUUUGGUUUGUUGGGGUCAGCAUCCCGCGGCAUAUCGCACCAUUGCGCGUUGUCUCCUUGUUUAUGAAAGGAUGCAUGCGGUUUCCUUGCAGCCUGAUCGGAGUGGAUGUUGCCUAUGCCGCCGGACUCAACUUCUCUUGAUGAGGCGCCCGACCGCGUAUCAGCUCCCGUCUGGUAAUCAAAUUG